AUGCCAGACGACACCUUCAACUAUAGUCUUGCGGCCUCAAGCACAAGUAGAGAAACAUCAAGUACCGCGCACACACCUCCAACGCCGCCUUUCUGGGAGGCGGAGAGGCCAUGGACAACAAAGGACCCGCUCCGUUUUCCUAUGCCAGGGGAGAACAGGGACCUGAAAUACUGUAGACGGCUUGUUGAAGAGCACGAUGACGGUCGGUGUGCCGCAUGGAAGGACGAAAUCCAGAACCUCCUGCUAUUUGCUGGCUUAUUCUCCGCAAUAGUCACGGCUUUCAGCGUCGAGGCCACGAGGCUACUACAGGGAUCUCCGGAGGACGUCACCGUCCAACUCCUGGGCCGGAUAACUACCCAACUCGAAUUUUCACACAACGAGCCUUCCUCAACGCUCCCGCGACUACCCUCCUUUGCACCACCACCCAACGCAAUUCGCGUGAACAUCCUGUGGGCUAUCAGUCUGACCAUCAGCCUCGCAGUGGUUACCGUCGGCAUCGUCUGCUUACAGUGGCUGCGCGAAUACCAACGCCAGGAUCCCGGGCGCUCCGACAAAGAUGCACUGGCAGCCCGAGAUCUACGAGCUGAGUCCAUCAAGAGAUGGAAAAUUCCAUUCAUCAUCUCCAUCCUCCCCAUCCUGCUGCAAGCUGCGUUGGCGUUAUUCCUUUGUGGACUGGUGGACUAUUUCUUUGCCAUGAGCCCGUUUGCAGCAUGGGUCAUUUCUGCUUUCGUGGGACCGACACUUCUUUUCAUCAUCAUAACUCCGAUGCUACCAGGCCUCCACGACUUCAUUCUGACGCAGAUCUGGCCGGGUCUCUCGGGUACCUACUGUGCAUACCGAUCCCCACAAGCAUGGGCGUUCACGAUGCUCUGUAGCGCCGUGGCCGCGACGUGGCACCACCUUCGUCAUUUAACCAAUGUAAACAGCGGAGCCGCUGAAGACAUUCCACUGAAAUCCUGCAUCCGCGAGAUCAAGCACCUUCAGGAUUGGAUCGCGUACGACGGGUGGCGGAGGAAGGGCCCGAGAUUCAGACACGGCUUUGUCUUUGCUCUUUGUCGCCUUUUACGGCUGCAUCGGGGUACUGACAGCCCAGUACUUUAUGCCGCAUACCACUCCUUGCGGGACAUUGUCUCUGUGGAUGAGGCCGAAGAUGCAAGCAGGGAGAUCUUCAGAACCGCCGACUUCAACAUCAGAGACCAAAUCCCGGAAUCACUACCACCUGCAGACCAGGUCAACUUUGCUCGAGAUCUAUUGAUGUUCCACAUUGGACGGAAGGUGUUUCGCAGGGCCGAGCCAUCGCGAACCUACUAUGGAGAAUGGGAGCAUCGCCAUCUACUGGAGUUGUUCGUGAAGAUAACGCAGCAAUGUGACGAGCUUGGACUGGAAUGUCCGCCCAUCUUCAACACCAUAGAGAGACCCUUUUCUGACUACUCGGUUCUUCCGCAUUCUCUGCGAAUUCAACUCUUCAAACGCCUUCACGCGAGGCUACACAUGGACAUUCGCCCGCUCGGAAUCUCCAACAUCUCUUUCCUUCAAGACGCCGCAGAAUCUAUGCUGGCUUUGCUACUGACGUUCGUGUUCUAUCCUUUAGACGACGCUUACGCCACCCCUGACUCGACCUCAGACGCAAUCUCUAACGAAAGCUUCCACCAAACAUCCCAAAUACUGGAAGCUGGAUUCGAUGAUCUCUCCGCCGCAGUAGGCCAAUGGGAGAACCCAAAUUUCGACCUAUUUGUGAACUCGUGGCAGCGUUUCCUCGACCAUCCUGCGAGGACACUUCGCAAGAACGUUGCUUUAGUCUUCAAGUCGCCUGCAUUUUGGAAGUUCCUGCGUACUUUGUCCAUCUCACAGCGCUGGCCUGUCCCACUUACAGGGGGUGACACCAACCCUCAAAUAGACAGUUGGGUGGACUUUGCUUCCGCUAUAAUCCGAGUUGGUGAGGAACAUGCUCCCAUAGUCUCCCUCGUCGACAUCCUGGACCUAACACUCCGUCACUUACAACUGCAACGGAACAUCCAAUGUAUCAACCUAAAAGGCGUCGUUGGACUGAUAUGCAAGGCUAUUGGCAUCGUCGUUCUCAAUGCAGAUAGCCUCGACCCUUUCAUGGAAGAGAAAGAGGAUAUCACGACAAACGUGACACUCUACAGCAAGGUCGACGCCACUUUCCGACUACUGGCCGAGCUAAUGGAAAGCGGGACGUACCUAGGCCUGCGCUUCCAUGCCUACUGCCUCGUACCAUGGACCGACCCUGCGAAUGAAGCCAAACUCCUCUUGAAUAAGGACAUACUAAUUCACUCAGUGCCUUUCGCGGAACUGGUGUCAUCCGUGGACUCGAACAUUCUUCCCUUUGAAUACUUCGAUACGGAGAUUUGGAAAAGAAGGUUGAACAGAUUUACGCCGAAGAUCCCUCCAAACACAGUCGAACACUUUCUAAAGCUCAAACACCAACUUCCCAGCACAGACAUAAUCGCGAUGCAACCAACCCGCGUUGCCCGUAACAUCAUGGUCGACGACGCCAUCUGGGGCCGUGGCCUCUCGAACACACUGAGACCUCGGGGCGCGGACAGGACAGGCAUGGCCGUCGGACUCGGAUCCCUGGCCGCAUUCAUCGCCUUUGCCUACGGCGUCGAAUGGUUGGCGGAGAAGCGCAAUCCCGAGAGCGAUGCAGUAAAGGAAUUCUUGUCCCCCUUCUGCGGUCCUACCACUGAAACGAUGUCGACGCUCAGCUCUGCUGAACCGACAACCAUCAAUCUUCAUGAACCCGACUCGGAAUUUACUGGUCUCCUCCGAGAUGACCUUUUGCUUACGACGUUUUAUCCUCUUUGA